CCUAACCAUUUUUCAUUCGAGCCGAGUCUGGUCUUCCCGCAAACUCCGCGUCUAGCCCUGCUACUGACUUGUGUGAGGAAGAUGGAGGAGGGGCGGGAUGCAUUCCGCGUCCCGUAUGUCAAUGCCGAGGGAAGCCAUACCAUGGCUGAGCUUCGUGAGCGCAUCAGCUCAACCUCCACUUUCCGUUCGUUUUCUUCUUUCAUAUUCCGACAAUCCACCGUUUGAAGAACGUAUAUUGACUGAAUACCCUUCACGAAUUGUAUUUGUUGUGUCUGUUCCGUUCGUGGCCCUGAGAUACCCCGAGUUUGUACACAGCUGCUACACAUCUAUCGACAUGCCGUCGCUAACCCGCACUUUCCGAGUCGCUUCACAUCUCUCGCGGAGCACCACCAAAACAUACUUCAACUUUUCACGCAGCUUCUCCACCACCUACCGCCGCAAUGAAAUCAACAAGAUCUACUCUUCGCCCGCUGCCGCAGUCGCGGAUAUGCAGUCGGAUAGCACACUACUCUGCGGCGGCUUCGGCUUGUCCGGAGUUCCAGAUACCCUGAUCAAUCAAGUCAAAGACACUCCAUCAAUCACUGGUCUUACAGCUGUAUCCAACAAUGCUGGAGUUGUUGGUUCAGGACUGGGCCUACUCCUCGAGAGCAAACAAGUCAAGAAGAUGAUUGCAUCCUACGUCGGCGAGAACAAGGUCCUCGAGCAAAUGUACCUCUCAGGGGAGCUCGAGCUCGAACUCACACCCCAAGGCACAUUAGCUGAACGUUGCAGAGCAGGAGGCGCCGGUAUCCCUGCUUUUUUCACGCCCGCUGCCUUUGGAACUGUCGUUCAAACCGGCGAACUCGCCCUCAGACACGCCCCCGAUGGCUCAGUAGCCCAGUUCAGCACACCCCGCGAUGUCAAGGUUUUUGCAGGGAAAUCGUACGUCAUGGAGGAAGCCAUCAAAGGCGACUACGCCUUCAUCAAAGCCUGGAAAGCUGAUAGACUGGGGAACCUUCAAUUCCGGCUCUCCGCGCAGAACUUCAACGGCGCUAUGGCGCGAAAUGCGAAGACCACAAUCGUCGAGGCCGAGCACAUCGUCGAAGUGGGUGACAUCCCCGCAAACGGCGUCCACGUCCCAGGAAUCUACGUCGAUCGCGUAAUCCAGUCCACAGCGCCCAAAAACAUCGAAAAGAUUGUCAACGCCAGAGACCCCGCUGAUGAUUCGUCUGCAGCCAGCGCGCUCGGAAAAGGCGACACAGCCAGCAAGCGCGAACGCAUCGUUCGACGCGCCGCCAAAGAAUUCAAAAACGGCAUGUAUGCCAAUCUAGGGAUCGGUAUGCCCAUGCUGGCUCCCUCCUUUGUAGACCCAUCUAUCGAACUACAACUGCAAUCCGAGAACGGCAUCCUGGGUCUCGGACCAUACCCAGCCAAGGGCCUCGAGGACGCAGAUCUCAUCAAUGCUGGCAAGGAAACCGUCACCCUCCUUCCCGGCGCCAGCACGUUUGGCUCAGAAGAGUCCUUUGGCAUGAUCCGCGCGGGCAAAAUUGACCUCACGAUCCUAGGCGCCAUGCAAGUCAGCGCGCACGGCGAUCUCGCAAACUGGAUGCUUCCAGGCAAAGUCAAGGGAUUUGGUGGUGCCAUGGAUCUCGUCAGCAACCCGAGCGCGACAAAAGUCGUCGUCACCAUGGAGCACACGGAUAAAAAGGGCACGCCCAAGAUCCUGAAGCAGUGUGAGUUCCCGCUCACGGGUAAGGCGUGCGUGAGUCGCAUCAUCACGGAUUUGUGUGUGUUUGAUGUUGAUUUUUCGUCUGGAUUGACGCUUAUCGAACUCGCGGAUGGUGUCACGGUUGAGGAAGUAAGGUCUAAGACGGGUGCGGAUUUCAAGGUCGCGGAUGAUGUUAAGCCUAUGCUAUAA